AGGUUAUCGUUUCACAAAAGAUCGUAAAUCGUACGAUUUACGACUGGUCGUAGAAUAAUUUACCGACCAAGUUAACGAGUGUUUCACAAACGUUUCGGAAUCUCUCCGCACCGACAUCCGAUUACCGACCUCUGUCCCAAAGCUCUUUUAUGUGAAGGUCUGAAAAUGGAGUCAACACGCACCUGUCAGUUCGUAAAUAAACGAUUUUUGGAUUCUCGAUUGUACAGUUAAUAAAAGUAGGACGUGCUGGUUGUACGAGAAAAGGUUGAAAUGAUAGCCUCACGGGUAAAUAUGUGUUAUGUCUCCUUUUUAUUGCUGCUUUAAUCAUCUGGUAAAACAAUCCCGGGUAACUUUCGUAGAUUUCAAGCAGACGACACACUAAACCGGUAGCUGAAAAGGCCAUAGGAGGGGGGUUUAGGGGGUCCUUUAUUCCCACUUCUCCAUAACCCAAGUCCCUCUUCCCUUCCCUUGCUCCCAGACGAAAAUCGGACAGAAUAUUUUUUCCAACAUAUCCCAUUUUUACCCCCCUUUUCUUCUCCCGCUGCCCGUUCCUUCAUUUCCAUGCCCAGACCUCCCAUACGAAAGGUCAGUCUUUUGUCUCGAUAAGGAAUAGACAUACUCAUGAUACUGGUUUUACUGAUUAAGUUACAGAAAACAUUCAAACUUUAAACAUUUUUAUGAAAUGGAAACCCUAUCAUUUGCCAAUCUCUUACCAAUAUUAUAUAUACAAGACACAGAAAAGAUACUGCAUGGGAUAUGACAGUGGUGGACAGGAUGAUUUUUUUGCAGUUUAAUCUAAUGCUAUGCAAGUUGGUUUUUUUUUUCGACUUGACUUUGGUACAAAUCAACAUACAAAAAGUUUUGUACACAUAAAAAAAUUCCUUCAUUUUUGUGUUGCAGAUAAUUCAUUUUUAUCCGGUUUUGGGCAAUAUUUUAUCAGGUCCUUCCAGACUGGGAUAUUCAUUUUCAAAAUCCUCCUACCCCCCCUUUUUUCCCACCCAAGAAAAUCAAUUGGUUGUCCCUUAAGAUGGUGAUGAUCCUUGUAAUCUAGUAUUACUGCAAACCAGGGAUCAAUGCAAAUAUUAAUGUUAUCAUUUACACCUGUAAUAUGAUCAUGUUUUAUAUUAAAAUUGAAAAAUCUCAACACAUUCUAUCUCUUAAUAGAUAUAAGAAGAUAUGGUACGUAUGAGUGCCAAUAAGACAACUCUCCAUCCACUUCACAAUUUAUAAAAGUAAACCAUUAUAGGUCAAAGUACGGUCUUCAACACAGAGCCUUGGCUCACACCGCACAGCAAGCUAUAAUAAAUGGCCCCAAAAAUUACUAACUGUAAAACCAUUCAAACAGGAAAAUCUAUAUAAAAAACGGGAAACGGGAAACAUUUAUGAACCACAUCAACAAACAACAACUACUGAACAUCAAGGCCAUUUACUUUAUUUAUCUUGUUUUUAAAAGUGGAGACACGAAAGUAUUGUUCAGUUAGAAAUCAUGGGCUUAUUGAUAUCAUUUAUAAUACUCUUCUCUCUUGUUCUUUGGACUAACGCGGGUGGUGUUAAAAAGGUGCUGCUGUUUGGUGGAAAUGGUCUUAUUGGUGCAGCCAGCGUAAAUAAAAUGCUAGAAAAUGGACACGAUUUGACUUUGGUUACCAGAGGAAACUGGUACUGGGACACUGACGAUACUAUCAAGCCACGGAUAAAGCAUUUGAAAUGUGAUCGAAUGAAAAGUUUAAUGGAUUGCUGGAGUGCAGAACAGUAUGAUUUUUAUGAUGCAAUUGUAGAUUUCAGUGGUUUUGAUCCGUAUAUGAUCAAGGAUACAUUGAAACUUCUGCAAGGACGAGUAGGGCGUUAUAUCUACAUCAGUUCUGACUCUGUAUACGAGGUCUGCACGAAAAACCAUACUCGGCCAACGGUAGAGACCGAUUCUGUACGACCGGGUGAUAUACCAGAGCAGGAGAUUUUGAACAAGAAAGAUGAUUACGGACAUCGGAAAUUUUCAGGGGAAGAGGUUUUGGUAGAACAGAGAAAGCAAGGUGGGAUGCCAUACUUCUUCAUCAGAUUGCGUGAUGUUAUUGGAUCACGUGAUAACACGUACCGUUGGUGGAUAUACCAGGCUUGGUUGCGAUUAUCACCAUACUUAGAGACAGAAAUAUCUAUUCCGAAAAAUCUUGUUAACUUUCCGAUGAGCUUCGUUUAUGUUGAAGACGUUGCAAAAAUUGUAUCACAAAGUUUGAAUUAUGACAAAGACCUUUUAGACGAAGCAUACAACUUUGCUUUUGAUGAGACGCCAACGCUGCCAGAAGUUCUUGAAAUGAUGAAAAAAUAUAUGGAAAAGCAAGAUAUUGAUAUUCAAGUGUCUGACAAUGAAGAUGUUGUUCACUUAUUUCCGUCCGUUACAAGAGGUCCAAUAUGCUGUGAAAAAGCAAAGCAUAAACUUGGUUUUAAGCCCACGUCUUUCGUUCGAACAGGCUGCAAAGGAAACGGUUGAUUUUUAUGAACAAGCAAUGUUAAGUAACAAGUUUGAAAGAGAACGGUUAAGUGUAUUAACAACGUUGGAAACAUUUUCACCUAAUAAUCCUAGAAACGUUUAUAUAGGACUCCGAAAAGAAUAUGGUUUAAAUAUAAAAAGUAGAGAAGAACUGUAGUAUCGGAUCCAGUUGAUAUCCUUGUUCAUUCGAGCGUCACUGAUGACUACUUUGUAAACGAAACACUCGUUUGGCGUGCAAAAUGUUAAAUUGAAAAAGGAUUAAAAUCGAGAAUGAUGUAAUAUAUUUUUUUAUAAAAUACAAAUUUCCUGACAUAUUGACAGCAUCAUGAAAAAAAUUCCAGGAUUUUUAAGUAGUAUUAUAAUUUCAAAUGCUGGAAUUCCAGAAAAUUCUGGCAAUGGUGAAAAAUAUUUCCAUGGAUUUUUUUUUUCACAACUGAUGUCUUCCAUAGGGGGGUAUGGUUUAUUUCUGGAAUAGCCCAUUAAAUUGACCACCAAGAAGAUGUAGAGAACCACCUCUGGAGAACCUUAACAUUAAUAAGUAAUACUCACCAAAGUUUCUCUAUAAUUAACGCUAUUUUCUGUUGGAUAAUUUCAGAAAGAUGCUGAUAAACUUAUUUUGUGACACAGAUUAUUUUCUUGUUUUGGCGCGAAAUAUAUUCUUACUCUUAAUGCUUGACGUAACAAAAUUUGUAUAGAAUUAUAUUUAACUAAAGCUCAGCGUAAAUAUGCAGAAGCAUGACAAUACAUUAAUGAUAAAAUGUGUAAAUAUUUCUGUAAAAGAAUAUAAUUUUACUUUACCAGUAUACUUCACUUAGAAUUACAUUUGAGCGCAAGAAAAUCUCUAUGUGAAUCGGCUGAAGGUUACCUCGGCUGAAUCCCGGGGUCGAAGUUCAACAUAUCAACGGAAAUUUUUGCGUGUGCUUGAUCGAGGCCACAGUUAUUCAACCAAUCGGGGAAUGUUUACUUGGGGCAUACAUCUAUUUUUACUGCAGGUUUCGACAUGUUUAAAUCGGGAUUAUAGAAAAAUGGAAUGUUGUUGGUAGAUACAAAACAGAAAAUGAUGAACACUUUUAGCAAAAGAUAAAUUGGAUCGGGGGUCUGUGAAUUCACAUUAUUUGUACAACUCUCCUUACUCUUGGGAAGCGUGUGCUUUACAUCGAGGCUUGCGUUGCUUUACAUCGAGGCUUGCAUUGCUUUACAUCGACGCCAUAGUAGUUCAACCAAUCGGGGAAUGUUUAUUUGGGGCAUACAUCUAUUUUUACUGCAGGUUUUGGCAUAUUUUAAUCGAAAUUAGAGAAAAAUGAAAUGAUGUUAGGAGAUAUAAAACAGAAAAUGAUAAAUAUUUUUAGCAAAAGAUGAAUUGGAUCGGGGUUCUGUGUAUUCACAUUAUUUGUACAACUCUCCUUACUGAUGGCAAAAAAUGGAAUUUCCGUGACCUAAAUGGUUCGCGAAAAUUAAUAUUUUUAUAUAUAUAUAGUAAUAACUACUUUAUUUCUAAAGAAAAAUGUAAAUGUUCAUCGCUUAAUGUUUUGACAUGCAUUAAAUCUAAUAUUGGGUUUACAGACAUACGUGUACUUUAAAAGAUAACAUAAGAAUCUUAAGAAUAUUUAAACAAAAUUAUCAAGGGGUCUAUACUUUCAAAUGUUCGAUUUAAUUUUAAUGUUAUAUAUGUAUACGUAUAAAACAACUUCAGUCAAAUCUAGACAAAACACUGGUCUGAACAGUGUUUCAAACUGGUCAGAGUUGUCUUUGAAAGUGGUCCGAGUUUUCUUAAAAUUGUCCGAGAUGUCUUGGUCCGAUUUGUCUUU